AUGACGGCCUCAGUCCGUGUCUUUCAUCCUCCCCAGUCCAUAGCCGAACGGCUUGCUGAGCCCAACUACUCCUACAACACUCCUCGCAGCCUCCCAGAUCUUCCCGACUCAUCAAAGGAGUCCGAAGCAGCUCGGUCUCAGUCUCAGACGCCGACCCCCACGCCAGCUCAACGGCAGCCUCCUCAGCUGUCUGCUGCAUAUACCAGAGUCCCCAAGGCGACAUACCACGAAUCCAUGAUGGAGGGGGGCAUUACUUUCGGCGCCCAGGAUAAGCUACCGAAGCUACCCAUCCCUGAGCUCGAGAACUCUGCUCGCAAAUACCUAGAAGCCCUGAAACCACUCCAGUCCCCCAGAGAGCAUGCCGAGACAAAGCAUGCCGUCAGCGAGUUUCUCAGAGAAGAAGGUCCUGAUCUGCAGGAAAAGUUAAAGAGAUAUGCACAGGGCAAGACGAGUUACAUCGAACAGUUUUGGUACGACUCGUAUCUCAACUUUGACAACCCCGUAGUACUCAACCUCAACCCUUUCUUCCUCCUCGCAGAUGACCCAACCCCAGCGAGAAACAACCAGGUGACUCGUGCUGCUUCCCUCGUCGUGUCUUCUCUGGAGUUCAUCCGGGCAGUGAGAAAAGAAGAGCUGCCGCCGGAUAAGAUCAAGGGAACUCCUUUGUGCAUGUAUCAAUUUUCACGCCUCUUUGGAACGGCCAGAGUCCCCACGGAAGCUGGAUGCCAGAUUGAACAAGACCCUGAAUCAAAGCACAUCGUUGUUAUGUGUCAUGGCCAGAUCUAUUGGUUUGACGUUCUCGACGACAACUCAGAUGUCAUCAUGACUGAGAAAGAUAUUGAGCUCAACCUCCAAACGAUUGUCGACGAUGCUACCCAGACCCCCAUCCAGGAUGCGGCAAAGAACGCCCUUGGCGUACUCAGCACAGAGAACCGCAAGGUGUGGUCUGGCUUACGAGAUAUCUUGACCCGUGAGCCAGGUUCCAACAAUGCCGACUCGCUUAAUAUUGUCGAUUCAGCCCUCUUCGUCUUGUGCCUUGAUUAUAUCGAGCCGACCAACGUUGCGGAUCUUUGCCAGAACAUGCUCUGCGGAACCAGCGAGGUCAAGAACGGAGUACAGAUCGGUACCUGCACCAACCGCUGGUACGACAAGCUUCAGAUCAUUGUCUGUAAGAACGGCAGUGCGGGAAUCAACUUCGAGCAUACUGGCGUGGAUGGCCACACAGUGCUGCGGUUUGCUAGUGACGUCUAUACCGACACCAUUCUUCGCUUCGCGCGUACCAUUAACGGACAGGCGCCAACCCUCUGGACGUCUACCAGCCCUGACCCGUCCAAGCGAGAGAUUGAUAGUUUCGGAGAUGUCAACACCACCCCUCGAAAGCUCGGAUGGGACAUGAUCCCCGAGCUGAGCAUCGCGUGCCUCGAUUUCUCUACCUAUGGCAAGCACUUUAUUACAUCGAUGGGAUUUUCGCCCGAUGCCUUUGUCCAAAUGGCAUUUCAGGCGGCGUAUUACGGUCUGUAUGGAAGGGUUGAGUGCACUUAUGAGCCUGCCAUGACCAAGACCUUCCUUCACGGCCGCACAGAGGCCAUCAGACCCGUAACAAAGGAAUCUGUUGAUUUCGUCCAGACGUUCUGGGGCGAUAACCCGGUCGAACAGAAGAUGGAGGCUCUCAAGCGUGCGUGCCAGAAGCAUGUUAACAACACCAGGGAGUGUUCGAAAGCGCAGGGAUGCGACAGACAUCUCUAUGCGCUCUUUAGCGUAUCGCGGGAUCACCACCCUCUCCCUCUCAUCUUUGCCGAUUCUGGAUGGGACAAGCUGAACACGACGAUUCUCUCAACUUCAAACUGCGGCAACCCUUCUCUUCGCCACUUUGGAUUUGGACCGACGUCAGGAGAUGGAUUUGGUAUCGGCUACAUUAUCAAGGACGACAGCAUUUCCAUCUGCGUGUCGAGCAAGCACCGACAGACCAAGAGAUUUGUGGAUACGCUAGAGAGCUACCUGUUGGAAGUCCGACGCAUCCUGCGCAUCACAAACGGCAAGGUGGUCAGCACAAAGGGAAGCAAGGCACGCGAAGCAGAGCUAGCUCGACCGAAGCCAUCCAACCGACUCAAGUCUCGAGGCAGAUUGAUCACCGGCCCGGACGCGGUCAAGUCGGGAGGCAGACGCCUAAGUUUGGUUCCUGGAUCGCCAACAGAAACCAGCUUCACAAGCGAUGACGACGAAUUAGGAGGAUAUGGCUUCUUCGAUGCUGGAAUGCUUUUCCAGGCCCUCAAAGCUCGCGGAAACACCAUGGAGGAGGAACACAAGGCGUCGGAGCGAGCAGCAGGGCAUGCAAAGAGGCGAGACGUUGGCAAAAAGCUGCGUCUAGUCACGGAAUAA